UGAGGAGACGCCAUAAGCAACGCCUAUCAUACAUCUGCCUGAAAGGCUUCACUAUACCCAGACUUCAAUAAGUGCGGGCUGUUACUCUGCAUCUCUCCUCGACACUUCUUAAACCUAUCAUUUGUCGCAAAUCUUCAAAAUGGAUAACAGAGCUGAUUCCAGCCUUUGGGCCGACACGCCCUUCGCCCUUCUCAAGAUUCCUGGUCAGCCGGGUGGUCCAGUAUGCGUAAAUCCUGGUGUUCUCAAUGUCGCUAUAGAGAUGGCAAACGUCCACAACGUCCUACUUCGCCCGCUGAAUGCCAUUUACCAUCAAGCGCCCUUCAUUCGCAUCCCUGUAGAUGUUGCUGAUUUCAUGCUGUACAUUACAGCAUGGGCAGAUACGCUACAUCACCAUCAUUCCCUUGAAGAAAGUUUGUUUUUUCCAAUGGUGGAGAAGAUAGCAAAAGAAGCGGGGAUUGAUGAUUGUGAAGGUAUCAUGGGAGGGAACGUGGAUCAACAUCAUGAGUUCGAGCCCAAGAUAGCGGAGCUGGUCAAGUGGGCUGAAGAGGUUGUGGCUGGGAAGAAGACAUAUGACGCUGUGGAACUGAAAAGGCAGAUCGAUGACUUCGCACCUAUCCUGACACAGCAUUUACAUGACGAGAUCGGUACCUUGGUCAAAUUGGAAAACUGCGAUGGAGAGAAGAUUAAGCAGGCGAUGAAAGAAACGGCUGAUGAGGGAGCAAGGACAGCCGAUCCGAACCUUGUCAUCCCCUUGGUGCUCGGAAGUAUCGAUAGAGGCUAUCCAGGCAGCGAGAACUUCCCGCCCUUACCAUUCUUCGUUCCAUAUCUCAACGCGUAUUGGUUUACGCGAAAGCACAAAGGCUCUUGGCGAUUCAACCCAAGUGACCACUGGGGUAAUCCGAGGCCGCUGCACUUUCUCCAGUAGGAUGGAGUGUUCGAACAUAUUCUCGCCUAAGCUUGUAUGCGAAGUACGUCCUCACAGCCUUACCGUAAGGAAACAAAAAUCUGUGUCGUCUUGUCCCAUGGAACUCAUCUUUUCUCCAGUCCCUUGGAAGCGUGGUGGACAGCGACACAGAACAUCCGAAUGAUAUUAGGAAGUUGCACAAAGAUCGUGGAGCUAGAGCGAGGAAGGAGAUUGGCCAUGUGGUUGGAGGAAGCUGAGAAGUAUCGUGCAAACGCAAAGGGAAAGGUACCUAGCAAGUGAAACAAUCUCGAGGUAGACAAAUAUGUGGCGCUGGAU